CUACACAGCAAAAGCUCAACCAUGUACUUUUUUAAUUAGCAAAAACUAAAACCAUUUGUUUUCUGCUGCCGCUGCGUUUUGACCUACCAAACAAGAAAGCAAACGAAAUCCCUUUCCUUCUCUGUUGUUCCGCCGCUACCCUUCUUCACUCCAUGGCCGACAAGCCUCAAUCCCUUGCUGAGGAAUAUUACGUAAAGGAUAAACAGGAGAAACCUGUUGAAGCUAAAGAAGUUGAAAAGGAGUCUGCUCUGGAGGAAACUGUUGUUGAGAAGACUGCGGAGGAAACAACUCCUGUUGCUGCGACGGCUGCUGAGGAAAGCAGUGAAGUCGUCCCUCCUCCUGAAGAGAGCACCGAAGAGCAAAGUAGUGGAAGUUUUGAAGAAGAAAAGUCUGGUGAUGAAGAUGCAGCUGAAGAGACCCCGGAGAUUAAGCUUGAGACUGCUCCAGCAGAUUUCCGUUUUCCAACCACAAAUCAAACAAGGCAUUGCUUUACCCGAUAUGUGGAAUAUCACCGAUGUGUAGCUGCAAAAGGAGAAGGUGCACCAGAAUGCGAUAAGUUUGCUAAAUAUUAUCGCUCACUUUGCCCUGGUGAAUGGAUUGACCGAUGGAACGAGCAAAGGGAGAAUGGAACAUUCCCGGGCCCACUGUAGGCUGCACUUGUCUGUAACCGCUGAUUCAAUUUUCUUGCGUUGUUGCAUUUAAAAUUGCUGGAGAUAAAAAGCACAUACUUUGGGAGAAAUGUUGUCCAUGUCAGGCAUUGGUUUAAUAAGAAAAUUUUGGCUGUCUGUUUGAACUAGUUUGAGCUGUACAAAUUCCAUGAAACGCUUCUGGGGGGAAUUUCCAGAGGUUGCUAUAUUAUUUACCGGAUUCCUUACUGCCUGAGGGAUUUUGUUCAAGUCUACUAUCCCCCGAAAUAAAGGUAAACGAACGGAAAUGAUUAAAAUAUACAACUUUCUUUUGUUUAAUGUUACAUUAUUAUAGUGUUAGAAUUUUACUAGUGAUCAGAAAAGUGGAGAUGAGACGCAAAUAUCUAUAUGAAAGGUAAUUUUCAAAUACUAGAACACUUUUUUUAGUUUU